CCAUCCUUCAAGCUAAAAACCGUUGCUUUUAGGGUGUUUUCUGUGGAGUUUCGUCAUACAAGUUUCAGAGUGCUAUCUGCAAUGUUUUGAGCUCGUGAAACGUAAAUCACUUGUAGGCUUUUGGCCUUCUAGCCGAGUUUGAAGCUCUUGAAAUGUACCGAUUGUAUAAUUCCUUCAUUUGACUAAAACAUCUGGCUAGUUCUCAGUACGCGAGAUCUUUUCGAGUUUCAUCUUAAUUUCAACAGUUUGAAGGGACGUAAGGUUUCCUGUGUGCCCCAUGUGUCCCCUGUUGUCUAAUGUUGGCCUCUAAAUUCAUGUCAUAACUCAAGAAAACCUUUUUGCGAAUCUCCACUUAGUUCUGAACCAUGGCUUCAUUCCAGUUUGGAUAUCAAAUUUCUCAACUCGGCUCUCUUGUUUUGUCAUCUAACCGUUCCUCCCGGUGUAUGCCAUGGCAGAAAUCCAACAUUGAAGCCCGAGUUCCAUCUAAAAUGACGCCUGCCAAAGCCAGAAAGACCCUGUUCGAGGUUGCUAAAAACUUUCCAAAUUUAUUCUCAAUGGGGAAGCUGACAAAAAGUGAACGGACAUUAGUAUCACUAUUUGACCUAGAAGAUGUCCCUUUAGAGAAAUCGCACCUCGUCCAAUCGAAGAAGCUUUUUAGAGAUGUUGUAUCAUCCAAGGCCAAGUACAACAAAUUGAAAUCUGCAGUUGAUUCUGCACCUCAGUACUUUGAGAAUGCAUACAGUGCUGAGCCAAAAGUCCUAGUAGUCGGUUCAAAUGGAAUUUGGAACAAUGUCAGACCUAUUCUUUCAAGAAGUCAAAACAAUGUUCAUUGUGAUUUGUUAGUUCGAAACUUCAGUUCUGGCGUGAGACUAACUGUGAAGUUUAACAAUUCCAAGUCCGAAAAUGUAUUUGUCCAAACACGAUUCUUCAAGACGGAUAGGACGGUACCACCCAAACCUGAAACGAACGUUCUUGACCGAAUGAAAAAUGCCUUAGGAAUCCAGCCGACGAAAAAACAAACAUCCUCUUUCUACCCUGACAAAUUGUCUGAAGCCGAAGCUUCUUUAUCACCCGAAGAGCUGAACAGAAUGAGGAUAGCAUUUGCGGAAGGCUUUGCAGUUGGGAACUCUAAACAUACCGAGCCUCCCAAGUUCACAAAAUUCUUAAAAAUGUUGCAACAGUUUCUUGGUGUUUGCCUGGUUAUUGCUUGUCUUAUUGCAUUAUUAUAUUUUAGCAGUAUCAUCUGGUCGACACUUUUCGAUCAAACUGAGGGCCGAUUAGAAAUUGAUUCAGAAGCAGUCACUGUCAAGUUUAAGGAUGUUAAAGGGGCUGACGAAGCGAAACAAGAACUGAAAGAAAUAGUAGAAUUCCUUAGGAAUCCUCACAAAUUCAAAAAAAUUGGAGGAAAAUUACCUAAAGGUGUUCUAUUGGUUGGUCCCCCUGGAACAGGGAAAACUCUCCUGGCACGUGCUGUGGCCGGAGAAGCCGGAGUACCAUUCUUUCGAGCUGCAGGACCUGAGUUUGAUGAAAUUUUGGUCGGUCAAGGUGCAAGAAGAAUAAGAGAUUUGUUCAAGGCUGCCAAAGAUCGCUCGCCAUGUGUCAUCUUCAUUGACGAGAUUGACUCAGUGGGCGCGAAACGAACCAACUCAGUCUUGCACCCAUACGCAAAUCAAACCAUCAACCAACUCCUUUCAGAAAUGGAUGGGUUCCACCAGAAUGAAGGCGUAAUUGUGUUGGGGGCAACAAAUAGAAAAGAAGAUUUAGACAAGGCUUUGCUCAGACCAGGCCGCUUUGACAUUGAAGUCAGCGUUCCAACUCCAGAUUUCACUGGUCGCAAAGAAAUCCUAACUCUGUACCUUAGCAAAGUCCAAUGUUUAGCUGUUGAUAUUGAUUACUUAGCGCGCGGUACUACAGGCUUCACUGGCGCUGACUUAGAAAAUAUGGUGAAUCAAGCGGCACUGCGAGCAGCAAUUCUGGGUGCUGAGUGCGUAACAAUGAAGGACCUUGAAUAUGCUCGGGACAAAGUUAUCAUGGGUCCUGAAAGAAAAUCUCGUAUUCCAGAUGAAGAGGCAAAUGAGAUUACUGCUUUUCACGAGGGAGGCCAUGCCAUAGUAGCAUAUUACACACCACACUCCAAUCCGUUGCACAAGGUCACCAUCAUACCCCGCGGACAAUCACUCGGACAUACAUCUUAUAUCCCAGAAAAGGAGAGAUAUCAUGUAACAAAGUUGCAGUUGAUGGCGCUCAUGGAUACGAUGAUGGGUGGCCGAGCUGCGGAGGAGUUGAUUUUUGGACCAGAUAAAAUCACGUCUGGCGCCUCUAGUGAUCUCAAACAAGCAACAUCCAUCGCAACUCACAUGGUUAAAGAAUGGGGCAUGUCCGACAAGGUUGGUCUUCGUACUUUUGAUCAGGAAAAUAAUGCUCUAGUCAAAGUAAACGACUUAAGUCCAGCCACAACUGAAGUAUUAGACUCUGAAAUCAAGAAAAUAUUGCAGGAAUCUUAUGAUCGCGCUAAAAGAAUCCUAGUGAAGCAUGCAAAAGAACACCGACUGCUCGCCAAAGCACUCCUGAAACACGAAACAAUGGAUGCUGAACAAAUUAAAUUGCUCAUAACCAAUGCUGGAGAAGAAGCGAGCAGCCCGAAUUCUUGAUCUCCCUGGCUACUGCUUCCAUUCUUAGUUUUAAACAUUGUUUACUUUUUUCGUUGAAAA